GCAAGGGGUUCUAGUCAAGCGGAUACAUUCCCCGGCAGUGUUUGUCUUGAUGCCAUUUAACAGUUUGAUUUAUUCCUUCACAUAUAACAUCUAAAUAUCAUAGAAAUUCCCUAAGUAUAACCUUAGAAUCAAGAUAUAGUCAUAACCAUGAGUCGAAACGGGAAAGGGAUUGAAGACCAGGAGGCAGGAUAUGUAGGGUUUGCCAAUUUACCAAACCAAGUUCAUCGCAAGUCAGUCAAAAAAGGAUUUGAGUUCACUCUAAUGGUUGUAGGAGAGUCUGGAUUAGGCAAGUCAACGCUGAUUGAAAGCUUAUUCCUGACAGAUAUAUACGAUGAUAACAAAAUUCCUCCUGUCAUUGAUCGCAUUUACCAGACGCUCAACAUCGAAACAAACACUGUAGAAAUCGAGGAAAAAGGCAUCAAGUUGAAGCUGACUGUAGUCGAUACUCCUGGGUUUGCCGACGCUGUUGAUAACACUGACUGCUGGCAGGCGAUAUUGGAUUACAUUAACAAGCAGUUCGAGUCUUAUCUUCGCGAUGAAUCGGGUUUGAAUCGAAGAAAUAUUGUCGACACUCGGGUUCACUGUUGCUUGUAUUUCAUCAAUCCACACGGACAUGGAUUAAGACCAGUGGAUGUGCAAUUCAUGCAAGCACUACACAACAAAGUAAACAUUGUCCCAGUUAUCGCUAAAGCUGACUGUCUUACAAAACAUGAGCUAAGCAGACUCAAAAGAAAGGUACUUAACGAAUUAGAAGACAACUCUAUCAAAAUCUAUACCUUUCCCGACUGCGAAAGUGACGAUGAUGAAGAGUUUAUUGAGAUUAACAAAGAAUUAAAAAUGACUGUACCCUUUGCUGUGAUUGGCAGUAACAGGCUAAUUGAAUCCCGAGGUCGAAAGAUUCGAGUGAGGCAGUACCCAUGGGGGUACGCUGAAGUGGAAAAUCCCGAUCAUUGCGACUUUGUCAUGUUACGAAACUUCCUCGUAAGAACGCACAUGCAAGAUUUAAAAGAUGUGACUCAGGACAUUCAUUAUGAAAACUACCGAGCAGAGCGACUGUCCAGGGAGACUGGUACCCCUGUUGGAUAUAAGAAAGUGCAAGACAUGAAACGAAAGAGUGGCACAUACGAUUCAAUUGACGCUACCAUGUCUGAGAAGGACAAAAUGCUGAGGGAGAAAGAACUUGAAUUAAAGCGAAUGCAAGCAAUGUUGGCUCAAAUGCAGAAGGAAAUUCAACAACAGAAUGUCUCAAAGGUUAACUUCCGGUUUCAUUGUAACUUCCAGUUCUCUUUUCCGCGCUUUUUACAAAAAGAGCGCACGUGACUUGUGAGAACUCUGGAGUAACAGAAAAAAAAUUGCAAUAACAUUAAUAUAAUAAUUAUCAAGACAAAAUAUAAAAACACAUUAAAGCUAUUAAUCCUGUUAAUUUUUAAUUUUAAUAUUGUAAAAAUAAGUGCUAUAUUCAACGUUUAUUUUGAAUGGUUUUAUCACUUUUUCAAGCGUAUAUUAUGUCAUUAUGGUAUUGGUUUGCUGCACAAACGAUAUAUUCGCACACAUCUCGUGGGAGAGGAAAAUCUCUUGUUUUGUUCAAAUAUUUACUUUAAUAUAAACGUGAAAAUUCAAAUAAACUCAUUAAAUAUGUUCAA